AGAACUAGCGAAGAUGCGAACGGAAGUUCCUCAAACUCUGAGGCUUGUGCCUCUUUCGACAAGCUUCCAAGCGAUCUAGAAAGUUUGGGUAAGCUAUUAAAUAGUUCGUCGUGCAUUCUUGUGGCUUCAUGAGGUUUUUAUCUGAUUUCCGUCGCAAAAUGGUGCGUAAAUUGUACAUUCAGGCCUACAAUUCUUUUCUUUUGCCAGAACGAGCGUUUGAAAGCUACGAAGACAGAGUAAUCGCCAAAAAAGCUGUCGAGAUCGUCCUCAAUGCAACAAGAAAACGUCCAGGCUUUAAAGGCGCUGUAUCAAUUUGCACAGAGGUCACUAGUCUUUUGCAGAAAAACCGAAGGUAAGUCAUUUUGUUGUACUCGAAAAGUAAUAAUCAAAGAAAGAUUUUAUCUGAUGGAGACAAGGCGUUUUAAUAACCCUCGAAAAAAACUUGAUCAGUCACGGUGUUGUAAAGUAGUUGGAGCUGUUGUUGUAUUAUGAUUCUCGACCACCUCACCACGGUGAAGAAAUCAUUUUCAGCACAGAAGAGAAAUCUCCUAGAAAGGCAGUACUACAACCGUUCGACAAUGUCUUUUUUUAAUAACCGCUUUAUCUCCUAGGCUGCCGUUUUGAAAUGAAAAAUUAUCAGCAUGUUCGAAAGCAAAUUGGCUGUUGAAUAACAAGAUGGAGCUUGCAUACAACUGCGCCAUCGAGUUUCGUGUCCCCUGAGGUGUCACCAUAAACCACAGCCUCAUUUAAUUUUUCAUUAAGCUGUUCAUUCUGUUUUUCUGAUAGAACAAUACGUCUGUACAUGUAACUGUUAUUGUUCAGCUGCAAUCUGUUGUUUAGAUUUCGGGAAAUUUUUGUUUCAUAAACUAUGUAAUUGAUAGUUCUUUGUCUUGAAAGGAAGCUUGAUAUCGGGGCUGUGCCGCAUUAUUAAACACUUAAAUCACGUAAUUACCUUUUCUUUGGGUUUGCCCAGCGAUGCGAGUCAGUUUUGUUUGAAUUUUAGCAAUUACUAAUAAAAUUCGCUUUUGUUUUCCAUGGUGAAAUCUCUUUUGUGUCGCUGACGAUAAUACGUGGUCACUCAAGUUUCAAAAGGUCACAACUGCUUGUGAGAUCAUCCAUCGCGGUCGCUUUUUAAUUUCCUUUGUCGAUGAAUCAUCUACACAGAAAACAACUUAGACGGAGCUGCAAUUUGGUUUCCCUGUCGAAAUCAGAAAUAGAGAUUUGAAUUGAGAAGGGAAUGCAAACACUCGGAAAUGGAAUUUUGAAGGGAAACAAUAAUCUUAUAAGCCCAACUUGUUUUGACUUUCGCUUUUAGCAAGAUACGUGACCCGGUUUUCUAUUAUCUUUUGAAAAAAACAGAUGACACUGCUAGAACAGAGCAGCCUUGAUUUCCAUCGUUUUUUUUUUCAAGCUAUUUCGUUAUUAGCCUUUCUUUGACAAACAAUUUGAUUAUUUGCAGAGCGUCAAAAAGCAAGUGUUUUUUUGGCAGGUUUUCAAGAGCAACUAUGAACAUAAAAUAAGGCUGUAAAAAGGAAGCAAAUUGCGUGCACUUGAACUUUCUCUGUUGAAAUAAGAUCAAAGAAGCGAAAAUAUUGCUUGCAAAGGGGGUCAGCUGGAAUCAAGGGCCAUGCACAGUUUGUGGCAAAUUUUGCAAAACAAUUUUCGGAUAAUUUAGGAGGAAGGAAAAUUCUAGUUAAAGUUAAGACCGGCUCGGAACAGUAAAGCCUUACAAAAAAGAUAUGUGCUAUCUUCCGGUUAUCCUGCGCAUGUACAUUCAACAACUUUUUUGUUUCACUUAAGAUCUGCUAAAAUUUUCAGUGGUGUUUUCAUUUUGGGUGCUUAUUUUUCGGGCAAUUGCCAUUCAAAAGGUAUGAGCAAUACCCUAGAUUUUUGCUUGCUUGAUUGUUUUUUGUUUUGCUUUUUUUUUUUUCAUUUUAAUCUGCCAUGAACGUGUCUGAAUUCGCAGGCCCUUUGCCCUCAGUUCCCUUUUUUUUUUACCUUAAUAAGAUGGGACAGACAUGUUCAUAGAAAAGUAGACAUCUGUGUGAUAGCUUUGAUAAGAUGAAACCAUAAAAAUGUGGCUAAAUAAAUUUUUGCAAAGUAAACCUGUUUUGGCCACGAGACAGUGUUUCUUCCUGUGUUCCAUAGACACCUGGAAGUGACUUAAAAAGUCAGCAAGCAAGUUGCUGUGCAUGGAGGAUUUUUUUUAACCCACUUGAAAGUGUCUGGACUUCUCACGAAACACUGAAGCCUAUGUGUGAUCUAGCUUUUUAAAGAAAGAAUAAUUCUUGACAAAAUUGAAAGCUAUAAAGCUGGCAGAACAUUCUUGACGAAGAUCUGAUAUCCAAACCAGUCCUUCACCCUAGCAUUUCCGUGUUUUUCAUGAAUUAUUAAUGAGCUUAAUAACCUGUGUUGCAGUAAAGAUCUAGGUAUUUCUCCCCAGCUGGUUUGUUGUAAGGCUAAAGUACUUUUUUCCAUCAUUGAUCUGCAGUGCUAAGCCUGUUGUAAAGGAGAUAGAUUCUUUGAUUUUGUCUUCUUUUAUAGCAACAGGUACUGUCAGGGUUCUCACUCAUUAAGUUUUAAAGUAGACAGCUAGGAUGUGAAAGUAGGCGGCUUGCCAAUUGAGUGCUGUAGGCAAUUUCCACCCUCUCACUUUACCCUAUUUCCGCAAAAAGUAGACUGCUCAAACCUCCAAGUAGCCGGUUUUUUAGCCAGUUACCAUGUACCGUGGUUUAAUUGGCAUGUGUAUGUUGUGGGUCAAAUUUGAUUUCAGAUUAAUUUUGAUUUAACCUAGGUUGAUUCUCACCUUCCCUUCUUUCCUAGCCCUAAUUCAUGAAUAAUUAUGGCUAGGAGAUGAAGGAAAUUGAGAAUCAACCCUGGUUAAAAAAAUUUACCCUGAAAUCGAAUUUGACCUGUAACAUGUACGUGCAAGACGGAUGAACGACCAGUAAGAGCUAUUCCAUGUUAUCACGUGCUCUUCUCAAACUCAUCAAUAAAUUAUUCAUAAAGAAAAUACAAUGAAAUUAAUUUUUAAUGAAUAUUUGGAAAUCAGAUAGAAAACUGCUCAUUUUUUAAUCCUUAAUUUCUCCUUCUAAAAUCAUUUUGUUUUAGAAGUAACAUCAAGCAUUCGACACAGUGUUUAAACACUUCGAAGUUAGUCAAAAAAAACUCCACUGCACUUUGUAUUUUCAACUCCCUUCUCGGUGUUUGAUCUGGUGAUAAAGCACUGCGUCUCAUGCUUGGUAUAUUACUACUGUCGCGUUGAGCGUGCAAACAAACAAAACUAUAAGUGUGAAGUGCAUAAACCAUUAAUUUAUUAGUUGUCUCUGCACUAAAAAGUAAGGUAUAUAGAUUGAAAAUUUAUGUGUGCGUGCUUCUAUGAGGUCAGGUCUCUGGCUAACAGCCCAAAUAAUUAUCAGCAGGAUGAUAUUCUUUCAUCAUAAAAUUAGCAUUUUCUCAUCAUGUGGUCAGCAUGAAAGGAAGUGCUUGCACACCCUCAUCUUUCUACGAGCCAUUUUUUUGGGAACUUGAAAUGGUUUUGGUAUGGCAUUAUUGGUCUUGUUUCAACUUUGCUUACUGUUUGCAACUUCAUAUUAUCUGAAAAGGUAGUCACUGUGACUCUUGAUUAGCUGAUUUAAAGGGUAAGUUGGGAAUCAUGGUGUCAUAAGAGAUAAACGACCUUUUUUUAAUAAGAAAAUAUCACGUGCUGGUAUUUUUAAACAAUGCUACAAAAAAAACUAUUAUAUUUCACAUCGUUACAACACUUUGUGACUUUGUGUCAUUAUUCUUCAUAUGCCUUUCAUAAAAUUGCUUCACAUGUUCACUUCCAGUCCCAAGCAAAGUUGUGGGAUCUUUGAAAAAACUGAGUGCUAACAAGUGCCACGAUGGUCCAUUACUGUCAAAAGGCUUUCUCCUUUGAGCAAUCUGACUCGUAUAUGGUAUUUUAAGCUCCUUUGCCUUAUCUUAACCCUCCCGCUGCCAACCAAAUGUCCAAAUUUCAUUUUGUGAAAUUUGGAAAAACAAAUAGCACCGUGUAAGUACAGGAGGAGAGCUUUCAUUUAAAUGGUGACAUCAUAGAAUUUCGUCCGCAGACUCAAAAGUUAGAGUCACCAUACAAAACUCCAUCGAGCAUUCUGGCAGUGAAAGGAUUAAAAUGCUCAAGGAAGUUUAUAUAUAAUCCUUUAGAACAAACAUGUGUUUCCCGUGUAGGGCAGCGGCUCUAUUUUGUACUUAAGAUUCACUUCAACUUCUUCUGUUUUCUUCCUGAGAAUGCACGCACGAUUCAGUUUUGGUUAUUGUAGGUCAUUGUGUAAGAGUUUGAACAAGUUUAUCACAAAGUCAAAGUUUAAAGAAUUUUCACCGCCUCUUUAACCUCUGUGGACUCGUUCUUACCCACUUUGCAAACAUAUGCCGGGCUCGAAAAAAGUCCCGUCCAAUAGUGCCCGACAAGAAAACGGUCUGAAGGGAAAAGAAAAUUGCUUUGAGUUAGUGGGAGGUUUGAGUUGUAGAGGGUUUGAGUUACCGGGAGUUGACUGUACUACAAUUUUAUCAUCAAAACCGACAAACAUAACACUUCUACAAGCUCUACUGUUAGUGAGUUAAGAAACAAGAAAAUUUUAUUCCCAGUAUUUAAAUACAGAUUCCCAUUGUCUUGUUAUUCAAGGAAGUAUGAAAAUAAUUAUUUGAAGAUUAUUGACACCCUGGAAGUGAUAAUAAUAAUAAUAAUUUAGAAAUUUCUAUCGUGCAGUUUUCAUGACAAGGUGAUCAAGGUUUUCUCAUACAUCUGUAGGUGACCUGUAAACCCAAUUUCAAGGGUACAGAUGUGGUAAAAAGCGCUGGCUUUCAUGAUAUCCAUGCAUAUUAAUUUUGCUUAUUCAGUUUUAAACUUUUUUUUAAACUGCUGCUUAAUGAGUGAGUAUUAAUGAGUGCCUGCAUCUAACAGUGGCAACUUGAAUUAUUGCAUCUUUUUGUGUAAAGAUUCGUGCACCAUGUUUGGUGCUCAAAAUAAGACUUCAGUGUCGCUCUAGCCAAGAAUUUAGCUCAGGCCUAGCCAACCAGAUUGCAGUUGCAAGCUCUAAAACAGAUUUUCCUUGCUCUCUGACUUAGUUGGAGAGAGUUUUUGUGAAAGCCAGCAAAAUCAAAGACAAGUACAAGCAAAGACUCUGCAGAGCACUCUCGCUAUGCACAAUCUUUUGUUGUAUUGAUUGUAGGAGAAUGCUCUCCAAGUAAAAAUUGUAGUGAGAUUGUAUGGGACAACCAUCGUUAUUUGAACAUAUCUUGGGACUUGAUCGCCAUCUGGCUUCCCUGUUGAUUUAACAAAGGCGAAUGACACCUUCCCUAACUUGCCUGGGAUCAAGAUUGCACAAACUCAUUCCAUAGCAUUUGAUUUUUACGUGUUUUUCAGUGUGUGUAUUUUAAGGGUUUACAGUCCGUCCAAGCUGGCCAAGCAUUUUCAUCGUUAAUAAAGCAAUGAAUUGGUUAAUGGAAAAUUGAUUCCUUUCAUUGGCUCAAUAAUCCUUUCAUGAAAUGAAUAAUCCAAUAUUUAAAUGGGCUUUGAUUCAACGUUUGAUUGCUGAUUGGAUUAAUGAAGGAAAACCUCACGAUAUAUAUUAUGGAAUACUAAGCUCCAGCUCUUCCUUGGUUAAAAAAAAUAAAUAAAGAUGGCAACUACACAAAACAAUUUAGGAUGGAUUUACAAAACAGGGAAGGCCUGUCUAGUGCUUUCCAAGAAGAAAUUAUAGAGGUUUAUAAUCAGGGUUUCUGUGCAAAUAAAAUGCUUGUAUCAAGCAUUAAUUUAAAGACAACAGUGUGGGGGCUGGUCGAUAAAAUUGUCUACCGUCACUGGCAUUUUGGCACUAUGCUUCUUUUAAGUCGUAGUAAAGCUCAUCAUGGCAGACUGUACCAUGAACACUAUUUUUGCCAGAGAUAUACGGGUAAAGCUUUUUUUCAUUGAUCCAAUCAACAUCCAUGGUGGACAAAGAGCUGCAAAGCAACGUUAAGUUUAGGGUUAUGCCUAAUACCAUAGUAGAUUAUACAAGCCUUAUGAUUUGAUUUGACUGUUUUUUUUUUAAAUCAUUUCUUUGAAAACCAUAAGCUGGUACGAUUUUCCAUAUUCUCAUCAGUAGCAUUCAAAUAUUAUAUCGUACAGAGGUCAGAGUCUUCAUUGACUUGACAUUUGAAGAAAAAAUGCCAUUCACCUUAGGGGGUUUAGGGUUGAAAUUUUAAUGUUGGGUUUGCACCAAUCGCCUUUGACCACAAUAAUAUUAAUCUGGUAGCUUUAUUUGAAGAAAUCGUUGGGUUCUUAGACUUACAGCCCUCCCUAAUGUUGAGUAGCUUAUUAUUGCCAAUCUGGGCAAAAGAUGAUUAACUUAAACCUUGAGUUAGGUGAAAUGGACUUUGAUCAGAGAUCCACUUAUAUUAAGCCAAAAAUAACAACCCAAGACAACUCUGAUAAGUAAGUUACUGAUAUGUGGGUUAGACUUGGGUUGGUGCCAAUCAGCCUUCGAGCAAAAUGAUUUGCAAUGAAUAUCUUACCUGUAAUGCAAUAUGCAACGGUAAAAUAACUCAGUAAGGGACCACCCUUUGGAUCACAUACAUUGAAAAGGGGGAAACUGCUGCCUGCAUCAGCUCCAAGUUAACUUUGCCUACAUAUUUAAUUAUGUUUAUAGCCACAUUUAAUUUGCAGUCAUUAUGGCUCUUUGUAGCUAUACUCUUUCUUGUCUUACCCUAUGUGGAGACAAAUAUACCAUCUAAAGACACUAGCUUGUUUCUAAAUUUUGAUAAGUACAUGUAAUAUAUAUUUAGCUAACUUCUGUUGUCUCAGCAGCAAAAGCUCAGCUUCUAUUUUGUGCUAAAUAUUGUUGGUAUAAUUUGGUUACAAUUUAUCAACGUUCUAGCAUUCUAAUAUUGUGCUAGUCAAAGACACUAGGAAAGCAGACUUCUUGACCUAAGUUUUGGGUGUUGUGUUGUCCAUUAUUUUUAUUCCCCAAAAGUAAUUGAAGGUCCUAGUGCGCAUGCUCUUGGCUGUUCAUCGUGUGAAGGCCUAAGUAAAAUCUCAAGUUACUUUACUUUGCAUCUCAUUCAAGUUGGAAAAUUGAAAUAAUGCAGUGAAGUUUCAAGUGACUUGGAAACCCAUCCUUUUGUCUGACUUACAAAAAAUGUAUGGUUUCUUGAGCUUUGAUGCAGAUGAAACAUGUCAAUCAAGCUUAAUUAGUUAACCCCCCUGGAGAAAAUAAAGAUAAGUUGCCUUAAAAUUAAAGAAUGCUAGUUGGUUGUGAAGGGAUAAGUCAGAAAAAUUUACUUGACUCAAAAUAUUCAUAAGUUUAUUCAGAUGUAAGUGUAAAGGGUACUGUUAUUCAAUGCAAAUAAACUUAACCUUUUCAAAACCACAGCCAGUUGUGAAGAUAGAUGUUUUAUGACAGGCUUGAAACUUCUGAGUCAGCCCUUUUUGGUGUGACCAUUCAAUUCAACUUAGCUCUUUAGCCCUGAGGCUAGUUUAUGAGCGUACUUGAGCAAUUUUCUUUUUAUGAAAAGAUGCACACAAGUUUUUUGGAUGCUUUUUGUGGCAUAUUUGUUCAACAUUUCAGCCAGGUCAUACAGUUUAUCGGUCUGAAUCUCCAGUUAUUUUUGAAUUUGCCAUCCCCGCCCUAAAGGUGGUUUCGUCUAGACUGCAUGAAACACCUUUUGACUGAAAGAAAAAGAAUCCCUUAUAUUUUAAAGAAUUUUGCUAGACAAGUCAAGCAGAGUUCACCUUGUGCCUGUUUACAUUUUCCUGAGUUCAGUGAACUUUAAACCAAUAACUGUUUUGUUAUCUCUGUUAAACUGAUAUCCACUUUUUUCAGAUGAUUUAGAUUAUGAAGAAAAAAAAAGUUGAAAUCUUCUUAUUUUCAAACUGGCCGCAGCCUCUUUGUUUUCAUUACCUCUGACACUGGAGAAAAUAGUCAAAACACAGCUGAAUAAAUAAGAUGUGCUGCUAAAUGAAUGUUAUACCUUCACUGACAGCCUUACAACUGUUAGUGUUGGUAGGAUCACUGAGAAAGUCUUAUAUUGCUUACAGAAAAUCAGUGUUGUUCAUUUGUAAGUGCCUAAUUUUGAAGCAAAUUCCACGUAUUUCAGCCUGGUGCAAGUUCACUGAACCUAAUCACGUUUGCAUGCAACCUUUCAUACAAAAGUCAUUGUCCUUGUUCUAUUUAUGGACGCAAAGCCACUCAAAGAAGAAAAAAUCACAAAAAGGUUAAAAAAUUACUUGUUUUACCCUAAGAAAUAGUUAUUAUAGUGCAAAAGUUCUGCCAAAUAUGUUUCAUUAAAAUGGUAACAUCAUAGGAUUUGCUUCACAGAUUUAAAAGUUGAAGCGACAAAAAGUCUCAUCAUAAUUUGUCUAGAAGGUAAAGGGCUAAAGUUUAUGUGCACAGCCUCACAAAAAUUAAAGGCCGGGUUCCUGAAAGGCCGAUUAGCGUUAAUCCAGGAUUAAAAUUUUGUUCCAUUUUUGUAUUUUAUAUUCCUAUGCAUUGCUUAUGGUAACAUUUUGUGUUAUCAUUACUGUAUCUCGGAGUAAAGGCUCAACAGUGUUUUGUGACCUCGAGUUGCAUGUUCUUAGAUGAGAAAACCGCACUUGAAACUGGGCCCAGGGCUGUAGAAAUUCACCUUAACAGAGGGGUAAAUAAAUAUAGUAUGGAGAAUGUACUUGUACUUUAAUUUUAAGGUGAUUUACUUUCACUUUAGCGUGCAUGCUGGUCAAACUGCAGACUGAAAAAUGUAAAUCAGCUGCGAUUUUAUAUAUUUCAAUGCAUGUACCCUUAUUAACUUUGACUCCAGGGGGGGAAAGCUGUAUUGAGGAGGUGAAAAAUAGCUGUACUCCAUGGCUGCAUUGAUAUUUCUCAUGGCUUUUACCUUCUAAACAGUGUGAAAGAAAACAGAGGGGUUGGGAACUGAGAGUGGACUGUCCCAAAAGUGACUUAAAUCAAUUUUCUUUUGAACAAUAUUUCAAUACAUACUGGUCAUCGAGAGAAGAGGGAAAAUGCCUUGAUCUUUUAUCUAAUUCUCUCACCCAGUUUUCUAAGGAAUGUAUGGAGGUCAGUCAGGAUAAUUUGUAUGUGGAUAUUGGUUCUUAAAGGGUUAAGCAGACAUUUUUUUUCAGGGCAGGCUGGGAAUUUGGCACUUAAGAAACCAGAAGGAUUAAACUGGGCUGAAUUAACUUUCACAAAUACUUCCUGGAUAGCCGAGAAAACAGCUGACAUUUCAAUGGCGACACUACCACUGGUUUCGCCACCAAAUAACGUCUGAGAAACUAGUGCAGAAAUUCCAUACUGAUGACGGGAUCUGGGUAGUGCUUCUGAUUGACCGUGCCAUGGGAAAGUUGAUUCAACCAAUCAGAAGCACUACCCAGAUCUGGGUAGUGACGCGUCAUCAGUAUGGGAUUUGUGCCGUCAUUUCUCAGACACCAUUUGGCGGGGAAACCAGUGGUAACAUUGCCAAAUGUCAGCUGUUUUCUCAAGCUACUUGCUGGAUUGUUGCUGGGGACAGAGAAAAAAAUUGGCCAAUAGCUGACCUGUGAAUCACUUGCAGAUAUAUAGCUAUAAUAUGGGAAUGGCUGUCAUUACUUCUUCUGAUACAGUCGACUCGUGGUAACUCGAACCCUCUAUAACUUGAACCUCCCACCAACUCGAAGCAGUUUUCAUUUCUCUUCAGAUAGUUUUCUUUAUAAUUUUACCCUCGAUAACUCGAACUCCUGAUAACUCAAACUUUGUCCUUUUUCCAUUGAAGUUUUGAGUUAUCAGGAGUCGACGGUAGUCAAUAUUAUUAUUCUUGGUUUCUUUUUUGUAGGCUGGAACAAAUCAUCAACCUACAGAACAAAGAGAUUCUGAGGUGUAGAGCGAGGUCAAAGAAAAAUGGUUCACUUACUAGCGGAUACACUGAAACCAAGGUAAAGUAUCUGAGAAACGUACUAACCAAACCAUAAACAGUCAUCUUAUGAAUGCCUUUAUUUUAUCUUAGAUAGAUAGAUAAUUUUUUAUUUCAACGGGAUAAGAAGAUCAGCAGUGCUGGUGGGGUCAUGCAUACUACAGUUACGAGAAAAAUUAGAAUUACUAAAAACAAGUGUCAAAUUAAAAAUUAAUACCAGUCCCCCAAAAGGUGUCUGUCCAAGAGACAGUUGACUGUAUAUAGCUGGACUGGGUAAUAAUAUUGUCGUGGUAUUAAAAAAAUGUGGCUAAAUAAAAUUUAAGCAAAGUUAACCUCGAAACUGCAAUACUGGGCAGCAUUUUUCUCACUUAUGCUCAGGGCCGUCUGAUGCCCUCUAGCAGGGACACCUCAUGACUUGUGCACACAGUUUCUUGCUUUCAGUUCUUCACAAAGUGUUGCUAUAGCCUUAUUGCUUGCUUGCCAUUUCUGUACUGUUUUUCCCAACCUUCCCUCCCGCUCUAACUCAGGGCUAGGUAAGUAUUGGUUGGUAAGUAUUUCGCUGAACAGUUCAGCAUGGCAGUGCCUGGUGGGUCCCCUCACAGGGUGGCAAUGGAUACCUCCAUCCUUGUGCUAAUGCAUUGCCUGACUCCACCAGCCUUGUAGGCCCCAGCACCCAAGUAAAUCUGUUGGUGAUGAGUUUAUUCUUAUUUCAAUAGGCAAUUCAGGUUAAGCCAGUCCUAGCUAGUCGAACCACAAGUCCCCUUCUCAAGGAAGUGUAUGUCAGUAAUUCAAAUCAACAAGCUGCACAGGCACACCAGACAGAAAUCUCACCAACUGAUGCAAACCGGACACCUGUAAAGGAUGUGUCGAACAAAGGUUAGACACAGUAAUUUUUCUUUGAAAUUUUGAAGAAGGGAUGGUGUUACCUUGUGCAGUUUAGAUGGGUGUGUGACCUGCAUCAAAUAGCCUGGGCCUCAGACAAAACUUUGCUCUGAUGAAUUUUGCCUGCGAAACAGCGCCGAAAUCCUUUUUCUGGGCCCCGCCUGUGUACCAGGAUUUUAGUACGCACCUUGAUUGGCCUGUUAAAAAAAGCCAUUUUCGAUUUGCCAAUCAGGUUAAAAUUUGAGACUUAUUUCUGGUAUUUGGCUAAGUCCCUUGGGAGCCCAGAAAAAGGAUAUUGGCACUGCUUCACAGAGUUAUUAACUAGGGUUAAAUCAAUGUGCGACACAGGUUAAGCAUCAAACUUUAAAUGUGAGAACCAAACUGUAAAAUUUUUUUACUUAAACUUCAAGAGAUUCAGCCUUAAAUGGCCAAGGUGUAACUGCAACUUUUAGAAAAAUCUUGGAAUAAUUAUUGUCUUGUUCCUUAGGUUGUCCAAAUGUUGAUGAAAGAGAUGAAGUUCAGGUACUGUAUGUUUGAUUUGUAAGCUCAUUUUUGUUGUAGCAGGAUGCAGCAACUUGUUCCAGCAGAGACAAUACCAUAAUGGCUACACAAACUAAGCUCAUACUUGCAUAUCCCUCUCUGAUAUCUUGCCCAUGUUAAAAUUAGGAUUUGGAAAAUUGAGUCUUAUGACCACUGGUUUUGUCAGUCAUGACAAGCAAUGGUUGUAUUAUUCUAGAUCAAAAGAAGCGGUGAUGUUCCUCCAGCUUUGUCUAAUAAUCAGGCUGACCCAAUUUUUUUUGUAUACAUGUGUUCCUGUACAGUUUCCUUUGCACAUACCAUGUGCAGAGUGCAUGAAACAAUAACAACAACAACAACAAAAAACAUUAAAAAGACCAGCAAUGUAACUCCAAAUUAAUUAAAUGAGACCUAUUGUUUGGUUUUCGUUUUUCUUUUGUUGUGCCGGUACAUGCAGAAGAACCCAAAAUGUUUCUUGUUAACAUGCUCUUGACAUGACUGCUCUUUCCUUUGUAAAAAACAGAUUCACAAUAAAAUGACGAAAGCCGAAGAAAAUUGGUUGAAAGGUAAGGUGUCAUAGUUUUUAGUUGUUGUUGGUAACACCGAGAAAUUCUCUUGCAUUAAAUCUGUUGUCUGUUUUGCUUCUCUCUCUUUUUAGUACAAGAAGAAAAUAUCCACCUCAAAAAUGAGUUGAUUACUUUAAGAAAUGAAAUAGAGGUAUAGUGAUGUUCUUAUAUUUUGUUGCCAAAAGCAACUGAUGCUAUUAUUAGUAAUAGUAAAUAAUGAUAAUGCUAAUUAAGUGAUUAUUAAUUUUUUAAUGUCUAUAAUAAUGGUAAUGAUUACAGUGGUGGUUGGAAUGAAUUAUAAGUUGUUUAAUAAAAUACACUGUGAUGAAUAAUCACUCUGAUGAUAAAUAUUUCUUCUGUUAUUAUUUUUGGUUGUGUUUUGUUGAAACAGAAUUUAGUUUCUCUGAUAUGAUAUAAAAAAUGAUAAGUUCCCAUAACAGUUUUUUUUUUUUUUUUUUUUUUUUUGCUAUCACAGUCUCUAAAGAAGAAGGAAGCGACUGUUUUCCCUGUAAGUCAAAAAUUGAUUUAAAAUAAAUGCCCCAGCUGUAUUGUUCCACUCAUUUGUGCCAAGGCUAUCAAAGAUGUCAAGCAUGUGUAACCCUCCUACACAGCACCUUUUGACUUUUGUCAUGAGCAGGGCAAAAAACCUUUUUUCACUUCACUUUUCCAUCGGACAAGUACUGUGCAGAUUUUGGUUGUCCGAACAUAAAAUCCACUUGUCCAGAGAAAAUAAAACACUGCCAAAUUAGAUUUCGACGUUGCGACCCGUACUAUAUUCUAUGCAAGCUAUUGACUCCAGAUCUUACAAAGCAGAAAAAAGAAUAUUGCUCAAGAUAAAUUUUACUCGUCCGGUUGGACGAGUUGCUUUAUGAGUUUCAGUCGUCCAAGGCAAAAAGAGUAAAAGAGUGAGACUUUUUGCCUUGAUGGGAAACAGUUUUUCAGGAAGUGGGCAGAUUGAGGUAUUUAAAAAGAUACUUACGGGCUUUCCCCUUCUCUUGUCCCGCCAUUUUUCACUCCUUCACUAUUUCACUGCUUGCUCACUUUUUUCGCUCAUCUGCACUGACCAAAACCUGACACAGUCUAACAGUAAUAUUGCUUUUGUAGAACAGUAGGGGUGGGGUUCAUACUUUUCUAAAGUAGGCAGUCCUCGAUAAUUUUUGCUUUGAUUAUCAUUCUAUAUUUACAGACAAUCUCUGAGGGUCAACCUACUGCUUCUCAAACAGUCACGUCCCUUGCUAAACAGUUAGAACAACAAAGCAAAGGCAAAACUAGGUAAGUAAAGAACACUUAUUAAACCUUUUCAACUUAAUGGUCUGGGUCGUGCUGAAGAAAAAUACUGAGUACUGGUAAAUAAUAAAUAAAGCGCUUUACCCUUGUACUCCUAUGUUAAAUCACCAAUACUUUCAGAUGAAAUACCAUGAAUGAAUGUUGCGUAGAAUUAAUCAAAUUUUGGUCUUAAGCUUUCUGGGGCAAGAUUUUCACUCUAUUAGGCCGACGUCACACAAAAAACGUCAACCUUCCUGGCAGUUUAUUUUGUUGCCCUAUAAUGUCUUGCAUAACAAAACAAUGUGUUUCUUGAAAUCAUUAAACUUUAAGACUGGCUCAUUGAUUUCUCUGAUUUCCCAUGUGCUGUAUGCAUUUUCUCACUGAAAGCAAAGAUAGACAUUCCAAGAUCUCCAGGUCAUUGUUAUCAAGUUAUACAUCCCUAUCUCAUUAGGCUAAGAUUUUUCUUUUUUACCCCACUCCUCUUGGGAGCCUGAUCACAAGCUAACUUUCCUUUGUCUUGAUAGUUUGCCAGGACCAUCAACCCAGAGAGAAGCAGUGAGUGUCUUAAUCUUGUGUUUUUAUUCACUGCGUGACUUAGAAAAGCACUAUAUGGCCACUGUUCUAAUCAAGGCUGUGCUUUAAGAAAAUGUUGCAGGGAGCACAGUGCUCUGAACCUGUGAAAUCCAGGGUACCCAGCAUGGGAUGUCACUCAAGAGCAACAGUUAAGCACCAAGGACCCUUGGUGUUAGCUUUACUAACAGUAUUGCAAUGCAUGUUAAAAAUUUCAAUGUAAGUCACAUUCUCUUACUACAGCCAAACGUCCUCCAAGCUGGCUGAGCAAACAAAUGUUAGACCUGGAGAACUGCCCUAAGAAUGUGACUAAAGUACUUUUAAACAGGGCUGUGCUCAAGAAGCACCGAGUUACCCCUGACAACUUACCAUUGCCCUUGGAAAUCUUAAGAGAUUUUUAGUUGUGCAUAAACCUCAAUCCAUUCCUGCAAUAAUUUUUCUCAGAGCACAGCCUUGAUGCUUUGAUGGCCAUUUAACUAACACCCCUCAAAGUAAUUUCAUUAUAAUUUCAUUCCUCUAAAAUUGUCAUUGUAACCAGUACAUUGAAAACACAUGAUUUUUUCUUUUUUCAUCUGUGAGAUAGACUCUUCCAUGAAGAAUAACUAAUGACCUGUCAAACUGUUACUUUUCACAGGAAGACCUGAGCCAUGAAAAUGAACUGCCACAUAUCCCACAAGCAAGAAAUCAUGGCCAAGCAGUUGAUAACAAACCCAGGGUGUAAGUUUAGCAGCUUUUAAAGGAGAUGUGUCAUAUAGUAAACAAAAUUCACACGGAGGGAACUCCACCAAAUUGAGUGUAACAAAAUUAACUGGUCAAAACAUUAAAAGAAGUUAUAAACAACAAGUCGCAUACUGUACAAAAGAGGGCAUGAACAAAUUUGAAGAAGAUUGAAAGUGUGAUGGUGAAGCCUGGUGAAUACAUAUAAAUUAAAAGAUCUUUUUUUUUUAGUCAGUGAGACAGGCAUUAAUUUUUGAUUCAAAGAAAACCAUAAUUUUUUUUUUGCGAAAUGAUGAAAACUAGUCUGGAUAUUAAUUUUUCCUAGCAUCAAUUCAAAGUUCUUGUCAUUGUCGUUGAAAUGCUGUGAAUAAUAUGAACAUUUUGGUUCCUCAAUAGCUGCCAUCCACAUCAACGGAGAAAAGGAUUCAGACCUUUUUCAUCUCCAUACAAAGUUUCUCCUGUAAGUUAAGCCUUAACGGUAGCAUACAUAUUCUCCUGUCUGUUUGCCAUAUGUAUAUUCUUUGCUUGCUAAUGAGGAGAAUUUGUUGAAUGAUCAACUCCUGUUUCACUUUGUGAUCAUUGCAGUGAUUCUCAAAACUGUCCUGUGUAGCCUGAGAAAACAGCCAUUUUGCAACACCUCCACUGGUUUGGCCAAGAAAUGAUGUCUGAGAAAUGAGCACAGAAAUUCCAUUCUCAUGACCUGUCACUACACAGAUCUGGGUAGUGCUUCUGAAUGGUAUUGCUGAGGUGGGGGUGGGGGGGGGGGGAACCUGCUUCAACCAAUCAGAAAUACUUCCCAAUUCUGGGUAGUAACGCGUCAUUAUGGAAUUUCUUCACUCUUUCUUCAGAUGUCAUUUCAUGAGGAUACAAGUGUUGGCAUCGCAAAAUGUCUAGUUGCAACUAGAUCUUUCAGCUCAUUAUAAUGUUUCUGGGAAAAUGCCCACCUACCCCUCCCCUAAGCCAACAUUAACACUUAUUUCUCACUUAGGGCAAAAUGUUGGCGUAGGGAAGGGGUAGGUGGGCAGUUUCCCCGAAACCUAUAAUGAUUGGAUCUUUCCAUCUGGAGUCCAGCACACUCACCAUUAGCCACCAACAGUGCUGAUUUAAGCCACUAACAUUCUCUGUUUUAUAGAAUCCACAGUCUCAUCUGCAGCCAAUCAGGCCCAUUGACAUGUACUCACAGUGCAAGUGUCGAGGAUGUGUGCAGGCAGUGUCAGAGGAAAAGGAAGUAUUAUGUGGUCAUCACACAACAGACAUUGGCAAGAAACAUCCUAAGAGGUAUGUCCCUGUCCCUCAAGUUGGGUUAUCUUACUGAAUUUGAUUGUUUAACCUUUUAGAUCCCAAGAGUGACCAACCUUAAUUUUCUCCUAACAACAUCAGCAACAACAUUAUACAGGCUGUGCUCUAGCAGAGCCCGGUGUCCCAUGGCACCCAGCUUUUGCUCUUGGGCAACUAGAAAAUCAAAGAUUUUUCAUACAAAUCAUAUCCUGGGAACCCUGGAUUUUACAGGUUCAGAGCACUUACUCAGUUAAUGCAAACUCAGAUAACUCGAAUUCCCUACUAAGUGAAACUUAUUUUCUUUCCCUUGAUCAAAAUUUCACAAAAAAUUACCUGGGUAACUAAAAAAAUGGUUGUUGUAACUCCUCUCAGAUGAUAUCCCAUCACCUUUUCUUGUUGUAUAAUAGCAACUAACUGUAAAUUUUGGUUUUAAUUGGUGUGAUGAACAGAUCACGUUUUAUCAUAAGAAUGGAAACUCGUGUUACUGUUUCGCAUGAAAUAAGUUACAUUUGCACCGUACUAUACUUUAAAGUGCUGAAAAAUCAGUAACUAUUAAUUAUUAACACGGCAAAUUGAAUAUUUGAUUGAUCCUGAUAACACGAAUCCCCGCUAUCUUGAACCGUUUAUCAUUUCCCUUCAGAGUUCAGGUUACUGGAGUUCUGCUGUAGUUCCAUGUAAAAGUGCUCCCUUAUUGGUCGCAUCAUAGGGGCUUCAAUCAUAGACUCGAACAUCAGUACCACAAUGUACUCCAUAGCAAUUGUUAUGUAUGUUCUUAUCUAUUUAACACCUUCUUUCUUUGUAAUCUUUGCUAUUGCCUUUCUUUUUGUCUCUUACAAGGCCAGAGAUUUUGCCCCGUAUAGGUGACCAUGUUGUUGUUCGAAGCCAUUUGACAGGUAAGUUGCUUGGUGAAUGAAAAGCACAGUGGUUCUAUAGAAUUCGCCAUGCAUUAUUAGGGAGCUUAAACAACACGAUGACGAUAGUAGUGAAAACAUCACUAAAAAUAUUAAUUUGCAUCCUUUCAAACUUUAUCGCGUCUAUUUGGAGUCGCUCAAUUUAUCAAAUGUAGGUGAUUUCUCAUGGAGUUGAAUUCUUAAGGACUUCAUCUGGCUUCAAAAAGAGAUUUAGGAAACUUUCGUCCUUGUAUCUUCCUCCAUAAAAUAUCACGUUAGAAGGUUUCACAUUGUAAUCAUGUAGUGGACGUCAAAGAUGUAGUAAAAAUCGUGGUGCAAGUGCAGAGCAGUUGUUUUGGUCAUAAAACCAUUUUUUUUUUACAUUGUGGUCGCCAUGGUUGUGGUUGCUUAAACUCCUUAUUGUUUAUUUUCUUUUGUGACUGAUUUGUGUCCCUUUGGGCCAUUCUCAUUACUGUUAAACUCCCUAUUAUUAUGGAACUUGUAGAACUUUUUUUUUGUGGUUGUUUUUGUGUUUGUCUGAAAAGGAUGGAAUUGUUGUUUUGUGUCCAGGUGUAGUGAGGUAUAUUGGCCCUGUGGGAGGCAAAAAGCAGUCAUAUGUGGGACUUCACUUAGACUCACCAGGUGAGGAACAGUAGUGCAUUUGUCAGCCCACCUACCCCUCCCCUAAGUUAAUAUUAACACUUAGCUCUCACUUAGGGCAGAGUGUUAGCACAGGGGAGGGGCAGGUGGGCAGUUUCCCAGAAACCUAAACUUAUCCCAGAUGUCUAAGUGAAGACAGUAGUGAAUGUUGGUAUUGACAAUGAGAGUGACGUUGACAGUAAGUAGAAUGCAUUUUGUACUUGAAGGCAGGCUCCGCACCUGUCAUGUAAGUGGAUAUUUCAAGUUGUUGUUGGUGAAAAAAUGUCACUAUAGGAAGAGCUGGCGAUUUGUGCACCACUUUUGAGCCAGAUGGAUGUUUUCGCUGUAAGUUGUUUACAUUGAAUCAGAAUGACGAUAGUGUUGCUCAAAAAUGUCUAGGACUUCCUGUCAAAUUUGUUCCCCCACUUCGACUUUCCGAUGAGAACUCAUCAUAUCGCGACUUGGCAGAAUCAGUUGAACACAAGCAGCUGCAUAGAACUGAUGGGCAGUGUGCUCAGUUGGUAAACUCAUUGUCGAAGUUGCACUCGCUGUCAGUGAUAACAUUCUCUUGUCAUAAAAGACCCACCCUAUUUAGAAACUCCUAAAGUGAAGCUCCUAAGAUUGAAUGGUAAAGAAAAAUGUCAGAUUUUUUACAAAAUGCUAAAAAAAUGUUUUUUGUACAAGUACUGCAAAAGAGGUUUCAUUUGAAUGUUCACGUCAUAGAUUUUCAUCCUCAGAAUCAAAAGUUAGGAUCACCUUGUACAGCAUCAUAAAUGUCCUACAGGAAAUUGCUAAGACUAGCCACAAGUUGACUGCGUGAGUGCCAAAGGCAUGAGUAGAGACCAGAUAUGGGCCUUGAGAAAGUCUAGAAAGUACUGGGACAUCAAGGAUUUGUUACAAAAAAAAAAUCAUAGUAUUAAGAGUACCAUAAAUGUGACCCUAUUUGGGAAAACCAGGCUUAACGAAAAAUACGUUGAACCGUUUUUCCAUUUCAACGCAUUUUGGAAACGAUCGAAUGCAUUACAGAUCAUUUUCAAUGCAUUUGAGAACAUUGACAACGUUCGCGAACGAAAACGAAAUGCAUUGAAGAUCAUUUUGAAUUCAUUUUGAAUCAUUUGCACCUCGUUUUAAAACGUUCACAAUGCAUUUCAGUGAAGCAGUAUCGCAUUGAAAAACAUUCACAAAAGUGCAGACAACCCAACAGAACACAAGAACCUUGAAUAUGUCGGCGAAAUCAAUGAACAUGCACUGUGUCCAAAUCGAGCAGCAAAUGCAAAUAUUGAACUUUAGAAAUCUACUUGAUAUUUUAAACUUUUAAAUUUCCGAGAUGUAGAGGCAGCCAAUUUAGUUUUCACCGUGCAAAAUUUAAUCGUUAACUCUAGGCCGUUCACCUUUCGUGUCCGUGGCUUUUUCCACGUUAACCACGAAAACCACUAACAAGCAGCUAACGAGUGACAUGCAGACAUUCAAAGCAUUGUCACGAACAAACGUUUGCGGUCCUUCUCUCCUUUCGGCAUUGUUCCCACGUAUUAAAUAAAAAUCCAUCAUAACUUGCUCUCAAACGGAUUGCCAACGAGCCAUCCGAGCGACGAGGCGGCAGCAGAACAGAGCCGCGCAAGACUCGGCUGUAGGCAGAAAAAUUCUCGAUCGAGCUUCAAAAAGUGUAACCUCAUGUAAUGUAGAUUCCUUUGAGACUAAGUGGUGUGACAGUUUCAGCCAAUCAAAAGGCGGUAAACUAUACUUGGCGCACGUGUGUUCUUUCCUCGGCGGCACGCGAAGACUGAACUUGAAUGUGGUACGCUUUUAUUGUUUGUUCACCUAAAUCUGGCCCCAGCAGUCAAGGAAAAUGAAAACUUAAUGCAUUGUAUUAAUUUAAGGAGUUAUUAAUGUAAGGUUUUAACGAAGAGAAGCCUGUAAAACAACAGUCUAAACAAAGAAAAGUUUUCCAUGUGAAACAAGCAAUUCUCACCACUAAAAAGGAUCAGAUUACACGAGGAGAUAAGAAAAGCUUGAUACGAAGAAUAAAGUCGCUUCUGUUGGAAAAUCUGACGUUGGGGGGAAAAUCUAACUAGCAAAUGGAAAAAUAAGAAUAAAAAAGAAUUACGGGCCAAAAGCGAACGACAAAGCCAAGAAAACAACGCUAUUUUUUUCGAAACCUGGCCGAGUUUAUAAUAAAGUGAAAACAAAAUACCGACGUGCAGUACAUGGCAUAUCCUUGAAAACAUUUCAAGCAGCGCAGCGAAUCAUUCUAAAAAAAAGGGAACUCGAACCAACACCAGACACAGUGAGUCCACAGAACAAUUUUUGCUUAUUAUCGCUGAAAUUUCGACAUUAUAUAUUUCCAUAAUUCAUUAGGUUGCUUUUUACUAGCUGUGCGCAGUUUGUUUGUUGGGGUGGCUAAACGAUCAAACAUUUGUUCGUAACGCGAAAAAUUAAUGUUGGUUGAAAAUAUUCGACCAAGAUCAAACAUGGAAAAGCCACUUAAAUGCGUAUGAGAGAGGCGGCUAAACGGUCAAAGAUGCUCUUCCGAAACGAUGUUCGAUGAAACUAUUUGAUCGUUUAGCCGGGGCUUAAUCUUUAUGUUGCCCGAACGCAGCUUGUCACGUUGUCACUCCAAAGGUGAAUUGAAUAUUAUUAUUUUCAUUCUGAUUUUACAAUUUUCUAAACAAGCUUUGUGAAGCGUUUCCAUUGCAUUGCUAAUGCAUUGGAAAUCAUUUCAAGAUCAUUCUUGAACAUUUAAGAACAUUGGUGGUGUUUCAUGAAUGAAUUGGGGAACAUUGCAAAUGCGUUGUGAAUCGUUCUCCAGCGUUGUAUUGCAUUCUAAAUGCAUUUAAAAUUCGUUGAAAUGCAUUUGAACGCGGUUUUCGUUAAGCCCGGUUUUCCCAAAUAGGGUCACAAAUGGACUCUUGUAACUAGAUUGAACUAACUUCUAUGGUUUGUGAUUUUUUAGUUGGUAAUCACAAUGGAUCCGUAGAUGGAGUUCAGUAUUUUUCCUGUCCACCCAGCUAUGGUGCUCUAGUCCCUGUUGAUGAGAUCCUGUGUGUUACUGCUUCAAAUGUGAGUGCCUUUUCUUCAUUCAUGUGCCCUCCCGAAAUAUUUGGUGUUUUUUAUCUUUUACUUAUCCUCGGUUAAGGACAAAAAAUCAUACUUCGCACAUCUAACAUACUGAUUAUGUGGGGCAUAAAGGAACUCUCUCUGCUGUUGGUAGAGAUUAGGGGAUGUAGAAUUAGUUGUUUUUUUUUUUCAUUUUAAGCUGACAUACAUAUAUAACCUCUGUCAUCAAAUAAAAUGAUGGUGAUCAUCAUCAUCUUUAUCAUAAUCAUUAUCAUCGUAAUCUUUAUCAUACUGAUCAUCAUCAUUCUCAUCAUCAUCAUUAUCAUCAUCAUCAUCAUCAUCAUCACAUGGUAGGCACCAACUAGUUUGUGGUACUCAAUCGUGAACUGACAUUCAGAACAAAAUUGCUUUGAAGAUAACUUGCUAAACAGGAUGACCCAAAUACCUAAAAAUUCAAUUCUUUGCUUGAUGGGUCAUGAUGAGGAAUUUUCUUUGUUUGCUUGUGGAUGAGCCAGAGUGCAGGGAUGCUCUUAAGUAGCAUACAUAACUUAUUUUUCUGAUUAAGUUGACGAUUCUCAGCGCUCAAACUAAUGGCUGGUCAGUGGACAGUGUCCAGCCAAGUUGGUCAUUUAUCCAGACAAAGUUUCAUUUGGCCAAUCAUUUUGACCGGUCAAGUGCAUGGCUUUCAAAUAAAUAUCUGGAGAAAUAAAUUUAUUCACAUUAACUCUGUAAAUUACAGAAAACAUUUAAAUCAUUAAAUACUUAAGAGAAUUAAGAAUACAGAUUGGAGGCUGUCUGACGGUCAUGUUCUGCAGCUUUGUGAAUACCAGUUAAUGGUUUAUGAUAAGUCAAUAAUUCAACAGUUUUUGAAUUUAUAAUUUAACAUUUUUAUCAGUAAAAAAUGAGCCACGAAUGAGCUUAGACCAGUCAUUGCCCAAAAAGAAUUUUUAGCCCUCAUUUUCUUCUUCAGUAAUCAUGGUAAAGACUGUGGUGUCAUUAUAUAUAUUUUUGGCUUAAAGGUUGUCAAAGAGAAGCACAAUACUGGUGCAAAUCCAGCUUGUCACAGAUCAUCUUCAAGCCCUACAUUGCAGGCACCCAAGACGGCAAGAACAUUGUAUAAAGAAAGUCACAGUGACAAGAGGGUAAAGACUUGAAGAAGAGAAACAACUUUGCAUCACCUGUGGAUUUUCGUAGAGCAAGGUUUACUGUAGGUAAUAACACUUUCUGGGUUUCUUAAAUUUUAACGAUGAAUUUUGGCUAGGUUCACACAGCACCUGCUCACCUACCCCUCCCCUAAGCCAACAUUUUGACCUAAGUGAGAAGUAAGUGUUAACAUUGGCUUGGGGGAGGGGUAAGUGGGCGUUUUCCCAGAAACGAUUAAUGAUCCAAAAUUUGUGUGUUUUAUAUAUUUUGUUCACACAGAACACCUGCGAAUAUUUUUUUGUGACAUUGUCACGCUUGUACACAUUAUUUUUAUUACAAUCAAAUUAUAUUAUAUUGUUAAAAGAACAACUUCAAAUCGAGUUAUCUUGACUAUAGCUCUAAAAAAUAAUAUUAUUCAUGGAAAACAGUUCAACCAUCCUAUUUCCCCAAAGAAGAAAAACUAAUAUUCAACAUGAAAUUUUCACGCUAGUACACAUUAUUUUUAUACUAUCAAAUUAUAUUGCAUUGUUAAAAGAACAACUUCAAAUCAAGUUAUCUUGACUAUAACUCUAAAAAUAAUAUUAUUCAUGGAAAACAGUUCGACCAUCCUAUUUCCCCAAAGAAGAAAAAGUAUUAUUCAACACACUGAAAAACCUUCCAGGAUAAAUGAACUUACUUUUACGGCUUAUGUAAUUGUUGAAUUAUAGGAUUUAAAAAAUUAUAACUAUUAUAAUAUAUUGACAAAAGUGGUGUAUUCUUUCCACUGUUAAAAUGCUUGACACUAUUCUAAAAAUUCCAGUUGUCUAGGUAUGAAAACCAAGGCAAUUAUAGUUUCAUUACAAGACUGUUAGUGUAAUCGCUCUUGUAAGAAAUUUCACAGUUUUCGGCUCACAAGCAAUGAGCUUUUUAGAUUAAGAAGCAGUCAUUAGACGGACUGGUUUAUGGUACGUUAAUCAAAUUGAAACAUUUUAAGCUAGGGUGUGUUUGUUCACACCAAGUAAAUGUACGCCCAUUCUAGCAUUCUAUCCUAGUAUAAUGGGUAAUGUUUUCUAUUUGUUUUGCCCUUAAACUAACCCCUCCCUAGUGUUAUUGGCCAGUGUCAUGAACUAGACUAGCCCAGUUGAUCGAGACCUUUGACGUAAUUUCAAGAGCAUGAUGUCUUGGGAUGAAUUCAUUAAAUACUAGUGUUUGUGUCAAGUUUGUGUAUUUUUAAAAAUGCAUCGCUGUCCCAUAAUUGUCAAGCAUUUUCUUAAAAUGCCUUGUUUUGAAGACAAGUAUCACCACUAAGAGAAACAUGUAGCUCAUAGUUUUUAAAGCUAGUUAUGUAUUAGUUAAGUGUUAAUGUGUAAGUGUAAGUUAAGUUUAAAGUAAAAAAAAUGUUGUAGGAUUUGUAGCGUAAGAAACAAGUCUUGGUUAAAGAAAUCCAUGGAUAUGUCUAUGUAUGAUCACGUUGAACUGCUAUGAAAAUGCCAGCCCCAGUGGAGGGAGCAAGUAAUAUAAGGUAUUUUUAGUUGGCUUGCCACUGUAGUCUGGUUGGUUGGGAAAUUUUACCCUAGAAAGUGGGCAGAAUAAUAAUUUAAAAGAUAAAUUUUGGGAAAUGCGAAAAUACCGCGAAAGAAUGGGGGAAAAAAUGCGUUUUUAGAUUUUUAGAGAGAAAUAAGAGGAACACAUCACUAAUCACAUCAUUCUUUUUCAAACAAACUUGAGGUUUUUUUAGCUUAGCCAAAUUAGAACUGGUAAUACCAUUACAGAAGUUGUGCCAUGAAAAAGAUUCUGCCCUGCACGUUUUUUGUAAACCAUGGAAUUUUUUGAAACCAAUUUUGUAGAAAAAAAAUUCACUUCCAGCCAGGCUGCACAGAAAUAGUAGUGACAAGCUCUUAGUGUUAUUAAAUUAAACUCUCUGUAGAGGCUACCAAGAAAGUAAUGUCUUGUAGUUGAGGGAAUAUAUGGUUUUUUAUUCACCGCCCAAGGAUGCGUUAAAAUCCUGUUAUUUCUAGCAGUUUAUAACAACUGUUGUGUGUCAAACACACGUAAGAUCAUUGAAGUUUUAUGUUCUUCAUUUUAAGACUGAAAAACAGAUCGCAAAACGGUUAUUGGUUUAUUUUAUACUCGUACUGAUUUCCUCCUAUACUUUUUUAUCUUCGUUCAGUCUUAACUAUGUUAUACGUCUUACCAUUGAUGUAGCAAGGUGGGAUUUAUCAGUGGCACCCGAUUUUUGCUUAAUAUUUAGGCAAAAGAUUUAAAAAAUAGCACUGUCUGAAAACGGUUUUCAAUUUAAAAAACACAAUAGGUGUUUUUUUUAUUACCCGACCAAUCACAACACGAGCUGACAAUCCAAUAAACCAAUCAGAUUUCGAGACGAAAAAAUAUCGAGUGCGAAAGGCGGGAAAAUGCACGUGAGCAGGUCAUGACUGGUUUUAGUGUAAACUGUGAUUGGUUGAAAAUUGACUUAAGAUUUUUCAGCCAAUCACAAAGCAGUGCUAAGGAGCAAUCACGAAAGUACUUCAGACGUGUAAAUGCAAAACAGUAUUUCUAAGACACUUAAAUUAUAUCUAGAAAACAAAUCAGAAAGACGUCCCUAAAUUUUAAGGUAAAGAAUGUGUGCUCCUGGUUUAUCUACCAUAGUCAAAAUUUAAGCAUUUGCUAGAGUACUCAUCGUAGCUUUCCCCCCGAAAAAGUGGGUUAUAACCGUGCAAAAUGCUGCCAAAACGGUUUUAGUUGAUUAGUAACUAUUUCGUGCAAAUUUAUAGGACAAAAUAUUCGUGUCAUGUCACUAUGGUAGUUGAAGCUUAAGGACGGUGUAUACAGAGAGUCAGACAGGAAAUCAACGAGGUUUUUAUUUUAUCCGAUUUUUUGAAAGGUAUAUGGUUACGUAUGUUGUUUGAUAGAGCUUACUUGUUCCGGAUAACCAAUGCUAGGGGUGAUAUUUAAGAUUACAGGGUUUUACUUCUAUUUAUCUUUAUUUAAAUACUCGUAGUCCAAGAAUGUAGAUGGGCAUAAGAGUGGGAAGCAUGUUCCGAUUUUAUGGAAAAAGAAAAAAAAAGACCAAGGAGCAGUAUCAAAUGUAAGGCAAGGUAUUAAUUUAAGUCUAAGAGUUUUUAAAAUGUCGGCGCAACCUUGUCUCCAGUGUCUCUUGGUCCAGUCUUCGAAGGGGAAGUAGGGGAGACUGCGAACUAAGUGCAUCUCUGAGGUUUAAUGGCGGUGGAGCCAAGGUUGGCAGCCGUGGUAUUGGUGCUUAGCGAACUGUUUAUGCUUUGCCCUGUAAAGAUGUGUUACGAGCCAGGCAAUAAUUAUUCUGCUAGCAUUUAUACAGUGACGGAUCCAGGGGAGCCCCGCCCCCUAUCUUUAGACGAAACUGCCUGCCUCCCCCCCCUUUUCUAAGGGUCUGGAUGACCGGAAACUCCCCCCCCCCUCCCUCCUUAUCUGAAGGUCUGGAUUUGGCACUGUUAUAUUCCAGGUAAAGACAACUCUCUCUUUGACAGUACUGGCACCAAGUAUCCGUCUGCGGAGGUUUUCUUUUAGAGAUACAGAGCUGAAGCGAUGACGACGGCAACGGCAGCGAGAACCUCAACAAAAAAAAACCAAUACUGAUAGGUUUAAAUUAGCAGCUCAACGACUUUGCACGUGCAUCACAACUUUAUUGUAUAUUUCUUUUCCGUCGUGGGACGACUGCGACGUGAAACCUCCUUAUUUCACGUUUUAUGGAGGACAUGAAAACGAGAUAACGAUUUUCUUUUCCUUUUUCUGAUCUUGGUCACGAUCCUUUGGAAAAAUCCCCCCGCCUCCACAACAUUUGACAAAUCGAGCGAGGUAGGAUAGCAGCAAGUUUCAAGUGAAGUUUUCGUUGUCGUCGCGGUUGUAGUUGCUUGAGCUUUCCAGUUAAGUAAAAAGUACGACAGAGACCAAUCUAAAGUUUUUUUGUAACAGGUCCAUCGUCACUGAUGGAGCUGUUGACGUUUAUGCAGUUAAUAACUGAGAUGCCUUGUGACUGCGAAGUAGGGCAGAGUUGGCAAUCAUCAAAAGCGGCACGCAGCACGUGCUAAAAAUGCAUGUUCACGUUCAUUGCACGUGCCAACCUGAACGAUUUUGUGAGUGCGACGUGAAAGACCAGUCACUAGGAACUCAGAAUGCGGAUCAAAAUUUGACUUGAAUAUUUUGUUGUUGUUGUUGUUUUGUUUACUGCAUACAGUAAUGUUCUUUUUUCACCUCGCAUUCUUUUUGCUGAAUCUGCCCUUUCAGAAUAGUGAAUUAAUUAUGAUAAAAAAACUGAAACAAAGGGGAAAGUAGAACAGGAAACUCAAGAGGAUUUUAUGUUUCUUGUAAAGAUCAUGAUGUGGUUGCUUUAACUUAGCCUGCGAAUACAGUGUCCCUCUGAGCGUCAGGGAGGGAGGAGAGAUGGCUAGGCUGUAUUCGCAGGCCAGCUUUUAACCCUUCAAGUCCCAAUAGAGACCAGCAUCAAUUUUCUCCCAAUGAUAUACACAGAUUGUCAAGAGUUUAGGUUAUGAGAGGUAAUAAAAUGAUCACCAAAACGAAAAUGCUUUGAUCUUUUAUCAAAUUCUCUCGACUCAUUCUUGAAGGAAAUGUAUAGAGAUUUGUUUGGAGAAUUUGUAUGUGGAUAUUGGGACUUAAAGGGUUAACUUUGAUAAUAUGGUAGUGACGACUGUCAUCGAGGUAGCUUAUUAGAAGAAAGCCAUUGUAUCAAUGUCAUGACAGAAUACGUUAUUAAUUAUUACAUUGACUAGACCAUAAAUGUGUCAGGGUUAAACUACUGUCCAAGAUUGACUUGAACGUAUGUAUCUUAUGUCUUUGACCAGUUACCUGGAGUAGUUGCCCAAGUCCCCAAAUUUAAAAGUUGGAGGAGUAAGGAGGGCACACCCUUUAAAGACCCAGUAUCCAGAUACAAUUUCAACAAACUGGCCCCAGUAAUUCAAAAGGUGGAUAACGCCAUCCAUUGGACAAAUCGCUACCCAGUGGAAAACGCAGUUGGUUUCCCUAAUACGUAUCCGCUGGACAGUGAUUUCUCCGGUGGACAGUGCUAUCCAACGUUGGAACAACCGGGGCCUGAUCUUCAUAUCUUCCCUGAAAGAAUUAGUAGAGAGAAUUUGAUAAAAGAUCAAAACCUUUUCCCGUUAGCGAUCAAUUUAUUAAUUCUUAUGACCUUUUCAUUUGAUUAUUUAUUGAUAUAGUAAAGAGAAAAUUGUAUCUGGUCACUCUUGCGACUUGAAGGGUGAAAAUUUCCUUAUUUCCUUCCCCUUCACACACUAGACUACGAGCAGUCUCUCUUCAAGCAAAACACUCGAGACACGCAGAUGACCACGGGCGUGACUGAAGGCUGCCGCGCCCGCGCGCGCGUGCACUCCCCUCACUAAACCUUAAGAAAAAGAGAGUCUGUUUGCAGUCUUUUCACACACCUGCCUCUCAUAUUAAGCUUUUAUAUCAUUUUGGGGAUACAAAAACAUCUUUUCGUUGCCUACUUUUGUAGUACUAUCUAGGAAGCGUAAAGCAAAGAUUUUUUACAAAGAAUUAUUUUUGUAAACAAUAAAACCAUAAUUUGAUCAGAGUGGAUUUUUUUUGUGACGUUUUGUCAUGGUUACAGAUAGUAUGUAGUUAUCUCAGUCGAUAUUAAAAGCACGC